UUCCUUAUUUAUUCCUUCCUUCUUCUUCCAAGGCUACUGGGAACCGGCUUGGCUUCACCAUGUCCAAGUUCACGUCAAUCAUUUGGCCUAAAGUUAUUUUAUUUGGGGACUCCAUCACACAGGUUUCAUUUCAACCCAAUGGGUGGGGAGCAGAAAUUGCCGAUAAACUUGCAAGAAAAUGUGAUGUUAUAAACAGAGGACUGUCCGGCUAUAACUCCAGAUGGGGCAAGAUUGUUCUUCCUCGCCUCAUAAACCCUGAAAAUUCAGCAGACAGCAAGAUAGAAGCAGUUACCAUUUUCUUCGGAGCCAAUGACAGCGCAUUGGAAGGUAAGAGCCAGCAGCAUGUGCCUGUGCACGAGUAUUCUGAGAACCUGAAGGAGAUGACCAGGUUUCUGGCCUUUGCUGGUGUAACUGCUGACAGAGUUAUAUUCAUCACACCUCCCCCCUUGCAUGAGCCAUCUUGGGAGAAGGAGUGCAUUCUUAAAGGAUGUCCUCUCAAUCGCCACAACUCUGUAGCGGGGCAGUAUGCACAGGCGUGUGUCGAAGCUGCUGGUCAGUGUGGUGUAGACGUCCUGGAUCUCUGGACACUCAUGCAAAAAGAUGGACCGGACUACACGGUCUACCUGUCUGAUGGGCUGCAUCUCUCAGAGAAAGGAAACCAGUUUGUGGCCCAGCAUCUGUGGAGGCUGCUGGAGAGCCGUGUGGCUGACCUGCCCUUCAUCCUGCCCUACUGGGGAGACGUGGACGCCAAGAGCCCUGAGAGCAGCCUGCUCUGUGAUCAGUGAAGGACACUUGUUUCAAGAUUGUGCAGAGAGCCUUAUAGUAGAUUGCAUCAUGCAAAUCAACAUGCAAAAAGGUUCAUAAGAAUUAAUGUGUCAAAUGCUAGACCAUGUAUGAAAGCACAAUAAAGAUUUUUACAUUUUUUUUAGAUUCUGUGGCAUGCCUGGAUAGAAAUCAUAGGAAGACUUGUACAUAAAAAGCUUCACUUGAGCAUCUACUCCCAGGAUUUUUACACAAAUGUCAAAACUUUCUACUCCUUAAAUUUUAAAAACAGGCUUGUUACUUUAGUUUUAACACAUUUGAUCAGAGUCAUUAUUUGAUGGUGUUGCAUGCCUUAUUUUUUUCUUUUUUGCAGAUGAGCCAUUUUAAAUAAAGAGGUGGUUUAUUUAGUGGACUUUAAACACAGUUUGCUGAGGCAUUAUGGAGUAUAUCACACCUUUGGGUGGAUCCAGUGGUUGACCCACUGAGACAGACUUUAAAAAAAUAUAUAUAUACAGUAUAUGCAGGCCUUCAAACCGAUUCAGCCUGAACAAUAAGGCAAUCCUAAUGGUGUAGCUGGUGAUUCCUUUUGGGUUUUGUUUUUUGGCUCAACACCCGAUUGUGCAGUUGUCUGUAAGUUGUGGCCUCUAUUCUUUAGCAUCUAGCUGGCGCUGCAGAAGAAGACCGAGCUUAAAGGGAGUAACGUUGAAAGCUCACUUCUCUCAGAGAUGGAGAAAGA